AUGAAAGCAAGCCGACAUCUCCUCCGCUCCACGCGACCAACCCUCCUCUUUCGCCGACCAUGUCCCUCUCCCCUGCAACGUCUAGCUAUCCCUGCUUCCACAUCUCUCACCUCAGUCUCUCACCAACAAGCAUGUUUCUCCACCACCCUCUACAGACCCAAGGGACUGCAACCCGGCAGCAGUGACCCAGACCCGCCCAAGACCGAACCUUCACAUGGCAACACAUCAGGCGCUGCUCAGAUCUCGGAUUCCGAAUACCAUGAGAUUGCGGACCAAUAUCUCAACACGCUUGUGCUAGCUAUGGAAGAGCUUGCCGAGAGCAGCUCAGAGGGCAUAGAGGCGGAAUUCUCGGCCGGUGUACUCACAAUCACCCACCCCAAGCACGGCACCUACGUGAUUAACAAGCAGCCGCCGAACAAACAAAUCUGGCUGUCCUCCCCAAUCUCCGGCCCCAAGCGCUACGACUGGGUCGUCCCCGGCGACUCGCAGCAGGAGAAGGCCGACUCGACCGUCGACCUGGGCGACGAUGGCCAGAGCGGCGGCAAGUGGAUCUAUUUACGAGACAGGAGCAGUCUGAGCGACCUGCUCAAGAAGGAGUUGGGCGUGGAGCUCCGACACGGCGGCGAAGGCGAGAGCGAUGUGAACGAGGGUCGCGAAGGGCCGGCAAAGAGUGGAGCCAGCACUGCACCAUAG